CACUUCAAUGAACUCUGGUGUAAGAGAUGCAGUUAGCCAAGGCUACCCAGACAAAGCGCUUAUUCUCUUCCGCCAAAUGAAGCAAAACGGCUUAGAACCCAGCAAAUUGACCUUCCCUUUCAUAGCCAAAGCCUGUGCAAAACUCUCUAGCCUCAAGUGCUCCCAAAUGGUGCACACCCAUAUGUUAAAAUCUCCUUAUUAUUCAGAUAAAUAUGUACAGUCGGGCUUGGUUAAUAUGUAUGUAAAAUGUGAUCAGGUAGAAAAUUUUGCUUACGCAGUGUUUGAUAGAAUGCAUGCAAGGGAGAUUGCUGCUUGGAAUGCGAUGCUCAUGGGUUUCGUGCAAGCGUCGUGUUUUGAUAGAGCUUUGUGUUUAUUUAAUGAGAUGAUGCUUGAUGGGGUUAGACCGGAUUCAGUUACGGCUAUGGGGUUAGCACAGUUGGCUUCUGGUCUGAAGGAUGUUAAAUUAUUGACUUCAGUUCACUGUCUGGGGAUUAGAAUUGGGGUAGAAGCUGAUGUUUCAGUUGCUAACACUUGGAUUGCUGCAUAUUCUAGAUGCGGUGAUUUAUCCUUGUCUGAGAUGGUUUUUAAUGAAAUUGAUUUGGAUGUUCUGACUGUUGUUUCUUGGAAUUCAAUGAUUACUGGGUGUGGUAAUGCAGGAGAAGGAUUUAUGGCUAUGGGGUUGUACCAUAAUAUGUUAUAUGAUGGAUUUAGGCCUGACUUGAGUACCAUUCUUAACUUGCUUGGAUCAUUUGCCAAACCUAAUGCUUUGUUCCUUGGGAAGUUGAUCCACUGUCAUGGAGUUCGAUUAGGUUGUUGCUCAGAUGUUUCUGUUCUUAAUACCCUUGUUUGUAUGUACUCCAGAUGUGCAGACAUAGAUUCGGCAAGAAGUUUGUUUGACUCCAUAGUGGACAGAACUCGUGUUUCUUGGACUGUCAUGAUCGGUAGUUAUGCUGAGAAAGGGGAUUUGGAGGACGCAAUGGCCUUGUUCCAUGACAUGGAAGCAGCUGGCGAGCAACCUGACUUAGUUACGGUGAUAUAUUUAAUUUCAGCCUGUGGCCAAGUUGGAGUCCUCGAUUAUGGGAGAUGGAUAGACAGUUAUGCCAUCUCAAGAGGAUUGAAGAGCGAUAUAAGGGUCUCGAAUGCACUAUUAUACAUGUACUCUAAGUGCGGAAGCGUAAGAGAUGCUGAGGAACUCUUUUCUUCCAUGAAUGAGAGGACUAUUGUUUCUUGGACUGCCAUGAUAUCGGGUUAUGCACUGAAUGGACAAUCUGGAAAAGCAUUGGAUUAUUUUAAUGUGAUGUUGAAGUCAGGUUUAGAACCAAACCAUAUUACAUUUCUUGCUGUUCUUCAGGCCUGUGUUCAUGCAGGUCUGAUGGAGAAAGGAUGGGAAUUAUUUCAUAUGAUGACUGAGCUAUACAAGUUAAGUCCUGGUCUGGACCACCAUGCUUGCAUGGCUGAUCUCCUUGGACGUCAGGGAAAACUGAAAGAAGCAUUGGAGUAUAUUCAACGUAUGCCUAUUAAACCAGAUGCCGGCAUUUGGGCUGCUUUGCUUAGUGCUUGCAAGAUUCACCGAAAUGCAGAUAUUGGAGAGUAUGCAGCUCAUCAUCUUUUUGAACUGGAACCCCAGGCUGCUGCUCCAUAUGUUGAAAUGGCCAACAUAUAUGCAUCAACAGGAAGGUGGGAUGGUGUUGCUUCCAUUAGAACAAAAAUGAAAUGCAAUCAAGUCAGGAAAUAUCCCGGGGAAAGCACUAUUCAAGUGGAUGGCAAGAGCUAUACUUUCAGAGUGAAUGACAAAUUUCAUCCCAAAGGCUGCCUAAUAUAUGAAGUACUAAGUAGUUUGGGAUUGUAUUCCAAGAAACAGAUAGAUACGUUUAGGUCUGAGGAAUUCUUUUGACAGUAGAAUUGUUUUCUUUAGAUUAGUGAUUUAAGGUAGAGCUAAGAAGUUGAAGCUUCCCAGAACAGGGUGUCAAGGAAGUGAUACAGUCUCUUUAAGCAAUUACCUGAUCAAUUUCCAGCGGACCUGAAGAAGUACUCUUCGACCAUGUCCUUAACUAAGUCCUAAAGACAAGCGACUACUACCCAUCUGAGGGUCAAAGAUCUUCUUGAUUCUUUUCCAAUAGGUCCCCUCCUCAAGUCAAUAGCAGUUUCACUACGGAGCACAAACAUCUUAACUCUGGAGAUAAUAUCAGCUUUCAGGAUCCCUUGUAUAAUCCCUCAUUGGGGCAGAAACAAUUCUGGGUACUCAUUUCAUGUAUACAUACGUCUUCUUCAACUGAUGCAGAUAAA